AUGUUGGAAGGAGGCCAGGCGAAAGCAGACUGUAACUCUGAUGGACAAGCGGUACUCAGGACCCCGCAACUCAGGCAUCACUCGAAACACGUGAUCGAUCAAAUUCAGCUCGUCUUGACAACUUGUAUCAUUAACAAGGAUGGGACAGCCGAAACCGAGUCUAGUGCAUCGACAACCCAAGGGUCUCUGGUCGAAUGCAAAUCCCCUGAUACUACAGUCAACUAUGCAGAUAUGGCUGCAAAAGUCCCUCGGAAUUCUACUUUUAGUGUCUCCACUGUUGCAAACACCACUAACGCCAAUAGGGCGACAAGCAGUGGACCGUCAUCACUUAGCAUAAAACCAAGCCCAACGAUCACCCGACCUUGCAUUUCAACAAAAAAUGGCUCCAAUAAUAGCUCCCUGACUGUCGUGUUCACCAAUGUCCCCGAAUCUACCGCCAUCACAUUGCGGGCCCCGUGGCCGUUCAGUCCUGAAACACUUUCCUUAGACAACGUUGCGGCGCGAGCGCUCAAAAGACUACCUCUCUCACCAAAUUAUAGAGAAAGAGGACCAAGAAUCUUAAAACGUCUGGUUCAGUCAAAGCAGAGAGCAACAGAAGUGUUAGAACGUUGGCGUAGACAUCGUAAAAGCCUUCCAUCUGAACUUCGGUUAAAAGCUGCUGAAUCCUUGCGAAGACCAGACAUGAUCUCACCUGAAAAAGCAAUCCUACCAGAGAUUACGCAUGAGCAUCACUUUACCGAUGGAUCACGCGAUUCUGCAGCAGGUCCGGACGAUGAAUGGGACGUAUCUUGGCCGAAUUAUUCUGCGAACGACGUGUCAGCAUCAUCUCAUCGAAAAAACGAAUAA